UGCAGGCCUAGUUGCAGAAAUUGGUUCCCACUAGAUAGCACAGCCACAAAAUAAAAAUUGGUCAAAUCGUAAAAGUGAAGGAAAAGAAAAUGUGCUUUUUGGUCUUAAAUUAAGGUCAGCGGUUAGGUUUAAAAAUCACAUAUUAAUAAGAGAAAUUGUAUAAAUAUGCGGGGUUUAUGACUUUAACUAGUGACGCCCACAGAAACCAGACAGCUAUUAGCUAGUUAGUUGUUCUAUGUAGCUUUUAAUAAAAUAACAAAUAUGGAGUUCACAGGUAGCAGUUACACUGGAGGCUUCAAGAAUGGCAGGAUGGAGGGAGAAGGAGAGUAUAAAUUCCCCACAGAGACCAGAUAUGUUGGGGAGAUGAAGAAUGACAUGUUCCAUGGAAAAGGUGUACUCCAUUUCCCAAACGGAAGCAUAUAUGAAGGAACUUGGGAGAAAGGAAUAUCCAAACAGGGAAAGUAUACUUUCUCUGAUGGACUGGAGUACCAAGAGAAGGACUGGGAGUUUUGUGAUGGCUAUGACAGACAGUUCUACACUGAGAGGUGCAAUGGACUCAAACCUGCAGGGGAGCCUCAGCUGACAGACUCAUUGCGUGUCAUCCCCAAUGGCUGCUAUGACUGUGGGGAUGGAUUCUAUGACCCCAACGCCAGGGUCAUCACUGACUAUGAGCAUCACUUUCUCAGAAAUGCAGAUGACUAUGAACAUGAGUGGAUUGUGUCCACUUGUCGGAAGAGCUGGGACGAGAUCGUUGGACAUCACCUGAAAAACUAGGCCACAUUUCAGAACUGGACAUUGAGUUGCAGGCUUGAGCGGAGAAAAACAAUUAAAAGGCAGCUCAUU